GGAGAUGGCGGCGCAGCGCGCGGCCGGCGGCGGGGCGCAUGGCCGCCCCCGGGCAACGGCCGCCGCCAUGGGCGGGGCGGGCCUCCUCCUGCUCGGCCUCCUCAUCGUCCUGCUGCAGGCGGCCCCGGCAGUUCAGUGCUUAAGAAGUGCAGAGUCAAGAAGCAAUAGCUUAAAAAUAGUGGGAUCCAUCUUAUUUCCAGUGAAAGUUUAUGUCAAGCUGGAUCACAGCAGUCCACAUAUUCUAUGUGUUACAAAUCGUCUGCGAAACUCAGAAUUGAUUGAUCCAGUAUUCCGGUGGAAUGGACCAAGUGGUUAUCUUUCUUCAGCAAAUAGCAGUGUGCAAAUAUCACCAACGGGAACUUUAAUAUUGGGACACUUCAGAUCUGACCUGAGUGGAGUUUACACUUGUUCUCUUGUUUAUAAGCUUAUCGCUGCACAACCAGAUAAAAGACUCACAAUAAAAUACCAUAUUUAUGCUUAUUCUGAUCCUCAGUAUUACUAUGAAUUGACAGUCCAGUACCAUGCAGCCCCCUGCAAUAGUUUUCACAAUACUUCUUUUGGGAGGGCAUUGCUUCAGAUACUAAGCAAGCUUGUUGCUGACCUUUCAUGUGAGGUUUCAUUAAUUAAGUCAGAAUGCCACCAUGUAAAAAUGCAGAGAGGAGGCCUCCAGAGCGAAAUGUUCUUUAAAUUUUCAGUUACUUGCUUAGACACAGAAAACAACAAACUAUGUCGGCAAAGUGCUUGUGAUAAACCUCAUAGAUUACACAAGGCAAAGGACCUCAUAGAGAGAUUUUUUAAGCGAGAGGUGGAAAUUAGGAAGAAAAGUACUGAACCGUUGCCUGAAAUAUACUACAUUGAAGGUACUCUGCAAAUGGUGUGGGUUGAUCGUUGCUAUCCAGGAUAUGGAAUUAAUGCUGUAAGGCAUCCAGACUGCCCAGAGUGUUGUGUUAUCUGCAGCCCAAGAUCUUACAAUCCUAGUAACGGAAUUCACUGUCUUCAGUGUGACACCAGUUUGAUAUACGGAGCAACGACAUGCUAACUGAUGGUAGAGGGACUGGCAAAGCUGCAAUAGCUCUCAUGCAUUUUAACCUGGUAAUAUUAAUAAAUAUUUAAAUAUUUACCUGAGUACAGUUUGUUUUGGUUAUAUCAAUAGGAUACACUCGUUUUUAAGGAAUAGUGAUUCAUAUUCUAUAUGAAUAUGAAUUCUAUAUGAACUAUAUUCUAGUUUGUAUCACUUAGGUGUACUUUGUUUUUAAGGUCUUGGUAAUUACCCACCAGGUUAAGAGCAAAAAAGAUAAUUAACUAUUUAAAUCAAAAGAAGAAGAAAAAAAAAGGUGGAGCUAUUUUGCAUAGUUCAUUCUUUGUUCCAGUCAUCUCCUGUUGACGUAGACUAGUGUAAGGACUCUAUAUAGCAGCUUUCAUCUAGCUGACUGUUCAGUCUUUGGUUAGGAGAACUGUACUGAGCAGCUCAAUAUAGCACCAAGUACAAAAACAUUAAGAAAACUUUCUUCCAAGUGGAAACAUAAUAGUAAUACUGACCACUCAGAAACUUCUUUCCAAAUAAUGUAAAAUUUCACUUAGGUCAUGCAUCUGUUCUACCUUUAAAGAUACCAGUUGCAGCUAACACUUGUGCUUUUACCUGAAGAAAACAAACAAUAACAUAAAAUACCAUGACAAUUUUUACGACACUCAUUCUUAACUUUUGUAGAAGUGUCAAGAAUUAGUGAGUCGAUGGCUUAAUGCAAUCCUUGUUAUUGUUACUUAUUAGUAGCCUCAUUUCAAUUGGUAUUCUGUAACAGAAUUCUGUUUUAAAUCCUAUUUAUACAUUCCCUUUCUUAGUUGCGUGACCAUGAGCUAAAUAUGUGUAGGUCAUUUUUAGCCCUUUGCCAUCUGAAAAAUGGGCUUUGCAUGUAAUUGUGUUUCAAAGCACAAGUAGGAACCUCAGGUUUAAAAACAUCCAUCUUCGCAUAUUUUCUUUUCAAAAAGGACUUAAAAAAUACUGCACUACUUCUAAGAAGUAAUUUUGAAACACGACACAACACUGCUUAUUUUUUGAACAUUAGUACAAACAGCAUAACUAGCAGAAGAUAUCAAGUAGCUAUUUUUAUCAAAUACCAUUUGAAAAUAAAUAGCUGAAAAAGAGCACGUUUAAAAAAAAACAUUUAGUAGCUAGUUAGGAAAUCCAACUCUGUUAACUGUAAUCCAGAAUGACUGAAGGCUACCCAGUCCUUAUUUUCACUUGGUAAUAAGAAAUAAAUGGACCGCAAAUGAGAGGAGUCAUUACAUUUGGUUGGAGUACUGCGCAUCCUUAUGUUAUCUUCAUAAUUUCGCAAUCAUGACAGCACUAAAUUAGUUAGCAUUAGUUUGAAGUACCAGUGGCUAAAGAGAAAGCACAUUAUGCAGUAUUACUUUCCAAAAAUAUGGAAUUUCUUUUGGUAAAAAAAACCCAUCCUAACGAGUAAUAAAGGCACACAGAUCUUCCUACAGUACGGGUAGCAAAUUAGUUUGAGAAUUACCCUCUGAAAUGAAUGCAGCUUUUUUAAGGCAAUAGAAAUAUAAAUUAAGUAGUAUGUUUACAUUUUUAUAUGUCUACCUUUCUACUGUACAUCAAAAUCAAAAAGUUCUGGUUGGCAAUCUCCAACCAUUCCAACAAUUAAAGGCAUUUAUACCAUCAUAUCUGUACUGUGAAGGAGAAUAAUAAAAAUGAUGUGCUUUUAAUGGGGGUAUUAUACACACUAAAAUACUGACUUUCUUGUCUAGGCAUUUAUUUGCAUAUUUAGCAGAGUGCUGAAAUGAUAUAUUUUGGUCUUCUUGAUAAGUAAAAUUUAUUUUAAUCCACCAAGUUUGCACGCCCUGUAUGACAUUCUGGAAAAAGUAAAAGAAGUGGUUAUAAAGGUUUGCCUUUGAUUUUGCCUAUUAUGUACAAAAGCACUUCACACGAACCUUUGCAAAUGUUCUCUCUCAUUCACUGACUGCAGUCAAGUACAGAUGCUUUAUUAUGUAUAUAUUAUGUGAAACAAAUCCUGUCCUCUGUUAACAACAUUAAACUGGACUUCUAAUUUCCGCUUGCUGUAUUAUCUAAAGUUUAUGCUCUUCUAUGGCUGGAGCCAGAAGAAAGAAAUUUCUUUGUAUAUAUUGCUAAGGAAAAAGGGUUUCCUUAUUUUUCUACUGUCAAAAUUAACUGCUUGUUAAAUUUAUUUUUAUUUCAUGAUUUUAAAUCUUCUUUAGGCUCGCUGUUUUCCCCAUUUUUUAUGAACUGAUGGAUGCAUUCUUAUUUUCAAAGCUUUUCAUAAAUUCACCUCUGUGCAGUAUGUUACAAUCUCUGCAGCAGUGCUCUAUUUUGCUGGAACUGGAAUGUUUAGUGUUAUAGGUGGUAUUUUUCCCUUUCUGCCAAAUAGACGUGAAGCAGGCAAACUUCCUAAGUUCUAAAUUGACAAGACGAUUACUGGUAAGUCUAGGUGGCAAACUUAACAUUUACUAUAGAUACAUUCUAAAUAAUUACUUCAACAAGACUAACUUCCUAUUCAUUAUUACAUUAUUUUCAACAAAAGCUUUUUUAUGCUAUUUCCUAAAAAUCACGGAUGUUUUAAAAAGCAGGAAACAGUUAUGUGUUACAGAAAUAGGAUUACUAUUAGCUAAUAGCCCCAAAUGAACUUAAUACAAAUAUAACAAAUAUGAGAGUUGAUUGUUUUUAAACAUCAGCUUUUGUGCUGCUAAUUAUGUAAAUGCUUUUCUAUUACUGAUUAAUUAAUAUAUAAUUUUGACUUGUCUGUGACUGAUAAAUGGCACAAAGGUUUGGACUUUGUAUCCGUCUGUAUCCGUCAAAGCCUCCUAAGUAUUACAGAGCUAUCCAAGUCUAAAUACCGAGGUUACCAUCAAAAGUAGCAUCAAAUAUUAGAAAUCCUGACAGUACAGUUCAUAUUGCACGAUAAGAAAACAGAAGAGACUGUUUUCCAAAGUGAGAGAACCUUUCAUUAUAUCUUUUUACUUGUUCUAAAGAGCUUAAUUAAAUUUCAUUUCAGCAUGGCUUUCAAUUUUCAAUGGUGUCCAACUCUUAGAAGCACCAGCUAGUGCACGCUACUCAGGGUUUUGAACAUCUUCAUGGACAGAGACUCUGCUAACUGUCAGGCAGUCUCUUCCAGUAAUCAGUCUCCUUUUACACUAAGAUUAUUUUUUUAUCAUUUCAAAAUGGAAUGUCAUAGAUUUCAGUUUAUGCCCAAAUGCAUUUCCCAUGUAUCCUUAAGAUAUGCUUUGAAAAUAAAACACCUUU